AUGUCUGGAAGUCCAAGGAGAUCUCGUCGGAAAAGUGAACAAAAUGCCGAGAACAAACUCGUUAUGGAUGCAGAGAGAGUGUUAAAUACGUACGAUACUGAUAGUGAUUUUGGCAACAGUACGAUUCAGUGGGAUGUAACUGCGUAUAUAUCAGAAAUCAAAAUAUUCAUAGUAAAUGAAAGUAAAGAUGGUAUGACAUUGGAAUUUGAUUUAGUUGGUGUUGAAGCUCCAAUUGCUAAUGCUAUUAGAAGGAUACUUAUUGCUGAACUUCCUACCUUGGCAAUCGAGAAGGUUUAUCUGUACCAGAAUACGUCAAUUAUACCGGAUGAAGUAUUGAGUCAUCGUUUUGGUUUGCUUCCAAUUAAAGCAGAUCCACGAUUAUUCAAGAUGCCUCUUACACGGGUUAUUGGAAUCGACGAAUCCGGUGUUGACUGUAGUGAAGAACCGGCUGGUGAUCCGACGAGAAAUCUCAUUUUUGAGAUUAAAGUCAACUGCAGUCGAAAUCCAAACGCUUUGAAAACAGCUACAAAUCCUAAGGAAAUUUAUGAGAAUGCUUUUGUUUAUUCAAAUUCAUUCAAGUGGAUACCAAUCGGUGAUCAGUCUACCUCACUUCCGUAUCCACCAUCAAUGGUGCAUGAUGAUAUUUUGGUUGCGCAAUUACGACCUGGACAAGAGAUUGAAGCUAGAUGUCACUGCUUAAAAGGAUUAGGGCGUGAUCAUGCAAAAUUCUCACCGGUUGCUACUGCAUCCUAUCGUUUGCUGCCGCAGAUAGUACUGAAAAAAAAAUUCAGCGGUGCAGAUGCCCGAAGAGUUAAGAGCUCUUUUUCGGAAGGUGUUAUUGAAAUUGAUGCAGAUGGAGUAGCUUUUGUGAAAGAUGCACGAUCUGACACCUGCAGUCGCAAUAUUUUACGAUAUGAGGAUUUGGCAGAAUACAUUGAAUUGUCAAGGAUAAAAGAUCAUUUCAUCUUUAGUGUAGAAAGCACUGGUGCACUAAGAAGUGCAGAACUGGUAGUGGAAGCCUGCAAAGUAAUGGAGGAAAAGUGUCGAACAUUGCAAUCUCUAUUCCAGAAACGAUUGAAAGAAUUACAGUGA